AUCUGGCCUCACAGGAGGAGUUGGCUGGCAGCCGUGGGCCCCUCUGGCCUUAGCCAGAUUUCCUGGCCAAACCCGGGAGGAGAGAUGCCCUGGACUGUCUUGCUUUUCGCAGCUGGCUGCUUGGCGAUCCCAGCGCCGUCCAUCCUGCUGGUGCCCCCACACCCGAGCAGCCAAGAGGACCCCAUCCACAUCUCAUGCGUGGCCCCCGAGAGCUUCCCGGGGGCGAAUUUCACACUGUACCGAGCGGGGCAUGUGGUCCAGCUCCUGCAGGCCCCCGCAGACCACCGUGGGGUCACUUUCAACCUGAGUGGUGGCAGCAGCGAGGCUCCAGGGGGACCGUUCCACUGCCAGUAUGGCGUGAUGGGAGAGCACAGUGAGCCCCAACUGUCGGACCUCAGCGAGCCUGUGCACAUCAUCUUCCCAGUGCCCACUUGGAUCCUGGUGCUGUCCCUGAGCCUGGCUGGAACCUUCUUCCUCCUUGCGGGGUUGGUGACCCUUGCCGUGGUAGUCAGGAAAGUUAGAGUCAAAAAUUUGCAGAGGAAAAGGGAUCGAGAAUCCUGCUGGGCCCAGAUCAACUUCGCCAACACAGACAUGUCUUUUGACAACUCCCUGUUUGCCAUCUCGAAAUUGACUUCAGAAGAAGAUUCAGCCACCCCGGAUGCUCGGUCGGGCACCACUGUCAUCCCUGGCGACUCUGGAGCCAGGAAGAGGCCCACCUCCACAUCAUCCUCGCCUGAGCCCCCUGAGUUCAGCACUUUCCGGGCCUGCUAGUGAGGCUGAGAAUUGGGGCCCCCCUCCAUCUCCCAGCCUUUCAGGGCCUGAGGUCCCUCCAGCUACUGCUGGGGGGCUCGGGCUGCUGCUUUCUCAGGGAAUUGAAUGAGGUGAUGAACUGGACCCCUGGCCUCAAGACUUUCGUCACAGAGGAGUGGGAGAGGGGACAUAGGCCGGCCUGGAGGCCGGACAGAAAGCAGGAAGACCCACUUUGGAUUUUCAGCUCCUCAGGACCACCAGACAAGGAGAUGUCAGGAUCCCUUCCAGCCCCCCAGUGGGGCCAUAAAUAGUCCCCGCUCCCCAGUGGCACAAGAUUGGGCACCUGCCCCUUCCCCACUGGGUUUUCUGAGCAUAGGGUACCCCAGGGUGUUUUCUGUGUCUGCCCUGCUGACAUGCCUAAGUUAUUCAUUGUAGCACGUGUCGAUAUAUAUUCCCAAGGCCUCUAUGGAG